AUGCCUUCCUCUCCAAGCCGCACCAACCGCUUCCAGUCCUUCACCCCCCUCCGCAGCACAACGGGCUCACUGCGCCGUCUCAAGACGGCCCUCAGCCCCACGCGCAACUCGCCGCGCUCCGCUUCGCCCUCGUCCAUCAACACAUCCUCGACAACCUCGCCGCUAACCCGCAACUCGUCGCCACACAGCCAGCGCUCCUCGUCGUCAGGCUCCUCGUCGCUCCUCGAGGUCCUCGCCAUCCGCCACAAGCCCAGCGUCGUCGAAUUCCAAAUGCAACAGGAGCGCAGCCUGUUCGAGCAGGAACUCCAUGUCCUUGAGCCCCGUCCGAGUUCAGGUCGCGGCUCCCUCGACGCUCAUGUCGUGGGUAUUUUCGAGGUCCUUGAUGGAAAGUGCUAG